CUGAUCCUGAUUACCCGCGCAAACCCGUUUCUUUUAGCUUAGCCACCUAAAGAUCUGUGUGUUUUUUUUUAAUUUCAAGGCGAGUAGCAAUGUGUUCGUGUGAUUUCGUUUUGCGGAUGAGCCAAGAUUGCGAUCCGGGGUUGGUGGAUUCUUUUAUUAUUAUUAGUAGCUCUGAAAUGGUUUCCUUUUUCAGACAUCACAAGAGGAGGAGUUUCAGUUUGUACUGAACUUAAUUACUACUGACGCUUGUGUCCCUCUUUGUGUUCUUGCUCUCUCUCACCAUUACACGUCGAAUUCUGGAGCUCAAUGCUGGCGCUGGUAGUUGUGCUGUUCCUCCAUGGAGGAAGAAAAAAUGGGGCCUUUGCCAUGAAAGGGACGGGAGAGACAGUGACCUCACCUGUCUCCCUGCUGCUGUUUCUACCAUUACUGCAUUUUUUUUCUUCCAUCCCACAUCACGCAUUAGUAAGAAAUUAAUAGUUGUAGUAAUCCAAGAGGGAGGUAAUUAGUAAGAAACUAAUAAUUGUAGUAAUCCAAGAGAGAGGUACUAGGCAGGUAGCUUCAUGGAGGACAUCGUCGCUUACCAUUUCUUGGUUUCAAUUGGGUGAUGCUGUGUUGCAGGAAGAUGCCUCGUUUAGUUAUAUUCCCCUUCUUCCGACUAGAUUUGGGGAAUUUGGCUAAAGAAAGGUGAUGCUUGUACUCUUUGAUCCAUGUGGAGUAGCCAAGCCGGUCAGAGUACUGCCCUUUUGGAGUUACUUUCUUGAAGGAUGAUGCUACAUCUGUUCAAUUCUCUCUUUAUUGUUUCAGUUCAGGGCAUUUCCUAAGAAAGGGGCUAACUUUGUUGCUAUUUAUGCCCAUUAGCUUCUGGUAGACAAGGGGUCUAGCGAUCUAGUUGCUGAUUUACUGGCCUCUUUACUCCUUUAGUGUGGAUCUUUGGCUAACUUCUUGCAGAAAUGCCUCGUCAUCGGUGACGCCGUUUUGUCCGUGCCUACGCAGGACUUUGGUGCUUUGUGAAGUGGACAUGUGGCUUAAUUUCCGCGUUUCUUGAAUCGGUUUCUUGUUGAGCGUCCAAGUGAAUAAAUACCCCUCCAGAUCAAUUUGAAGGCAAUAUUGUAGUUCCUACUACAGGCUCUCCAUUCUCGUUGCCUUGCUAGCUAGCCUUGGCAUAGGAAUCCUUUGAUUGUUUUGUAGGUCCAGGGUAGACGCAUCAUGGGGCUCUUAGGUAUGGUGGGCGACUCAUUCGGUUGCUCAGCUACUGGUGAGCGGCUUGUCUCUGCUGCAAGGGAUGGAGACAUCCAGGAGGCUAUGGCCCUGUUGGAGCUUAACCCCCGACUUGCGCGGUAUUCAACGUUUGGGAUCCGGAACUCACCCCUUCAUUACUCAGCAGCAAAGGGCCACCAUGAGAUUGUUUCUCUCCUAAUUGAGUCUGGUGUUGAUAUCAACCUCAGGAACUGCAGAGGACAGACUGCUCUAAUGCAAGCUUGUCUAUAUGGUCAUUGGAAAGUUGUACAGAUCCUAGUUCUUUUUAAAGCUAAUAUUCACAAAAAAGAUUGUUUUAGUGGCGCGACAGCUAUUCAUUUUGCCGCCCUAAAAGGUCAUACUCGGUGCCUUCGGCUCCUUGUGGCUGAUUACGUACCAAGCUUGCCAGAAUUUUGGAGUGUAAUGCACGCAAAAUGCACAGAUGAAACAAAUAAGGAAGCUUUUGAUGCGGUAGCUCUCCGGAGGCUAAUAAACAACAAGUCUGAUGGGGGCGUCACACCGCUUCACUUGGCAGCCCUUCAUGGGCAUGCUGAGUGCGUGCAAUUGCUGUUAGACCUUGGAGCCUCUGUUUCAGAGGUCACUAUCAAUGAUGGUUCAACUAUUGAUCUCAUAGGUUCAGGAAGCACACCUCUCCACUAUGCGGCCUGUGGUGGAAGUGCUGUAUGCUGUCAACUUCUUGUUGCAGCCGGAGCAAACAUGAGAGCUCAAAAUACUAACGGGUUGACCCCUUUGAUGGUGGCUCGUUCAUGGCACAAAAGUAGUGUUGAAGGUAUCCUAACCAAACGGUCAGAAGUUCCAGUACGCAUUCUUCCAUCAUCAUAUCUGUCUCUCCCACUGAUGAGCAUUGUCAAAAUUGCCAGGGAAUGUGGGUGGAGAAAAACUUCUGUCUCAUCUGUUUGCCAUGACCCAUGCGCCAUAUGUUUGGAUACGGAAUGUACAGUGUCUGCAGAAGGGUGUGGCCAUGAGUUCUGCACCAAAUGUGCGCUCUACUUGUGCGCCACCGCUAGCAGCUCAACAUCUAUCCGUGGUGUUCCUGGCUCCAUACCUUGCCCUUUGUGCCGCCACACGAUUGUCUCAUUCGUUAGACUCACAAGUACAACCCCAAUAAAGGAGCUUCCGUGGACGAACAAAUCGUUAGCUCUAUGUGCAGCAGGGGCAAGCACCGGUUCCAAAUAUGCUGGUCCUGCAGCAAUCACUAGUUCCAAGUAUGCCGGUUCUUUGCACCGAAGGUCUGAGAUGCGCAGCCUGCGCUCCUCUUCAGUUGAUCUAGGCUGCUCAUCGUUUCGAACCGCGAGCUCAGGGAAGCUGUCGUCGAUAAAGCUGAAUUGCACCGGAGCCGACGAGACGAUGCCCUGCCUCGUCAAUUGCUUCAGGCCGGAUGUGCAGCGGUCGUCUUCGUAUAGGGAAAGAAUUAGGAGAUAUUCACAAUUUUCAUAGCAUUACUGUCUAUUUGUAUUUGUGCCUCCCAUCCAUUUUGUGAGUUUCCGGGGGUUUGGCAGUACAAACUUGUGCAGUGUUUGUUCAUGCUUUUCUCUUGGCUUCUUCAUACCUGUAGUCUGUUCUGUUCUUCUGCUUGUGGUCUUGUAACAUGACAUGUGAUCCUCAUGGUUAAGAUGUGUUUGUGUACAUGAUCUUUGUUGAGUU